UGUUGUCAUAGCUAUAGCUUAAAUCAUUCUUUCUCCUUCUCUUCUGGAAGGUUCUGUACUAGCAUUGUCGCUCAGGAUGACAAAGGAAACAUUUUCCAUGGUCGCAACCUGGAUUACGAUUUCGUCGAUAUAUUGAGCAAGAUUACAAUCGAUGUGCGGUUUCUGCGAGGCGGGCAGGUAGCGUAUCAAGGCACCACCUUUCUUGGUUACGUAGGCCUAUGGACUGGACAAAGUCCACACAAGUUCACCAUUUCCGGUGAUGAACGAGAGGGUGGUAGGUGGUGGGAAAAUGCAAUAGCUGCUUUUCUGAAUCGGAAUUACCCUGUCAGCUGGCUUGUCCGAGACACCCUGAGCAGAGCAGAGGACUUUCAGUCAGCUGUUCUCAGACUAGCGGGCAUGCCCAUCAUUGCUGAAGUUUACUAUAUUGUAGGAGGUGUAUCCCCCAAAGAAGGCAUGGUCAUAACGAGGAAUAGAAGAGGGCCAGCAGAUCUCUGGCCUCUUGAUCCUUUACGGGGAGCGUGGUUUCGUGUGGAGACAAACUAUGACCAUUGGACUACCCCUCCUCCUUCUGAUGAUCGAAGAACUCCGGCCAUCAAAGCUCUCAAUGCUACUGGACAGCAGCACAUCAAUUUUGAUACGCUCUUUAAGGUGUUGUCAGUGAAGCCAGUCUUAAACAAGUAA